AUGUAAAACAACAUGCUUGAAGAUCUCAAAAAUAUCAUGAAAGAAGGAUGGUUAGAAAAAGAAUCUCGAGUAUUUAAAUCUUGGAGAAAACGAUGGUUUGUUUUAACAACGACAACCUUGUAUACUUUCAAGGCAGAAAAACAAUAUAGUAAUCCAACAGAGAUUAUUCCUUUAUCAACUAUAAGUACAAUUAAAUCAUGUUAGGAAGAAACCAACAGGGAAAACACAUUUAAAAUUGAUACACCUGAAACAACUUUCUUUUUAAUGUCUAAUAAUAAUCAAGAGAAAGAAGCAUGGAUUGGAGCCAUUGGCAAAGCCAUGGUUAAAUUGCAUAUGAAGAAAAAUUAAAAAGAUGAUGAUUUCGAUUGAUUUCUUAUUAAAUAAAAUAAAUAUAAAGUAAUAUUUUAUAGACUCAACACGCAAA